AUGGCUGGGUCUACUGCUUCCGAGACCUCCCCGUUGCUGGCGUCAACCAACGGCACUCCGUCUAACGGUACCAUACCCGAUCACCAUGUGGAAUCGGGUGUUCCAGAGGAGAAUCCCAAAGCGCCACUCCCUGGCACUUCGACGCAGGUGAAGUACAUUUUUCCUGCAAUUUCAGUCGGAGUCUUCAUGUCGGCUGCGGACCAGACAAUCAUCAUGGCCAGUUAUGGCCAAAUUGGCAGUGAUUUGAAGGCCCUCAAUCUGACAAGCUGGAUUGCCACCUCCUAUUUCCUGAGUUUGACCUCUUUCCAGCCUUUGUAUGGCAAAUUGAGUGAUAUCUUUGGUCGCAAGCCAUGCUUGCUUUUUGCAUAUGCAGUCUUUGGUCUUGGAUGUUUGUGCUGCGGUCUUGCACGAAAUAUCAAUGAGCUUAUUGCUGCUCGUGUCCUACAAGGCAUCGGCGGUGGUGGCAUGACCACCGUUGUCAGUAUUCUGAUGAGCGAUGUCGUUCCUCUUCGUGACCGAGGUCUCUGGCAGGGUGUCAUUAACAUCAUCUAUGCGACUGGUUCCGGUAUCGGGGCACCGUUAGGCGGAAUCCUCGCGGACUACAUUGGAUGGCGUUGGGCCUUCCUAGCACAGUUUCCUCUGUGUAUUAUUGCUAUCAUUGCCGUAUCUUUACAAAUCAAGCUCCCUCCUCGUGAGAGCACCCACUGGAAGACCAAGCUACGACGCAUUGACUUCCUUGGCGCUGUCGUCCUUGUUGGUGCCGUACUAGGGUUCCUGGUCGGACUUGACCGUGGAAGCAAUGUCUCAUGGAAGUUACCAUUGACAAUUGCCUCGCUCGGGGUUUCAGCUGUCUUGUUCGUUGUCUUUAUUCUGGUUGAGAUAUACGUUGCGGCCGAGCCUUUUGCACCGGGUCACAUUAUCUUCAACCGUACAUUCUUUGCUUGCUACGGUUGCAAUUUCUUCAGCUUUGGAGGCUGGCUUGCCGCAUUGUUCUAUAUUCCCUUGUACUUCCAAGCUGUGGAUGGUGUUUCUGCCACCGUUGCGGGACUUCGCCUCUUGCCGAGCAUCCUGUCAGGUGUUAGCGGCUCUCUAUUGGCAGGCAUACUGAUGAAGUGGUAUGGGAAGUAUUACUGGUUGACGGUCACUGCUUAUACCUUCUUGACCACGGGCGUCUUCUGUAUAUAUUUGUUCUCUGGUGGAGUCAUGUCGAGUACAGUGCCCAUGGUUCUCGGUAUGGUGUGUGCGGCUUUUGGAAACGGCAUUGGUGUUACUACCACCUUGAUUGGUUUGAUUUCCAACGCGUCUUACGAAGACCAAGCGGUUGUAACCGCCUGCUCGUAUCUAUUCCGUUCAUUGGGAUCUGUCAUCGGUCUUUCAUUGUCAUCAACUGUCGUUCAGCAACUCCUGCGGGACCGAUUGAGAACCGGUUUGCGUGACAGCAAAAACAUCGAUCAGAUUGUUGAGGGAGUGCGGCAAAGUCUUGACUUUAUCAAGACCCUCGAUCCUGCGACUGGCAAGAUUGUUCGAGACUCAUAUGGCUGGUCUACUAACAAAGGAUUUGCCUUCAUGGUUGGCGUGGUCUUCUUUGCUUUGCUAAGUGGCUGCUUCAUCCGUGAAAGCAAGCUGAACCGCUGA